AUGCAGAGCAUUUUUACGCGCGUUUGCAGAGAACCCUUGCAUUUUACACGCAAACAAUUAUCAAACUAUAAUGUACAUAUACGUCCUGCAGUACCCGCUAUUUCCACGCUAAUAAGAAGUCACUCGUCAGUAAAGUCGCCGGCUGAAUUUGGUACUGUAAAAGUUAGAAAUGAAGAUACAGACUUAAAUAAGUCCGGCUCGGCAUACUAUUUCCCAUCAACCAAAACAAGCGUAACUUUGCCACAUAAUCGGGCUGAUGUUUUGUCUAGUACCAGUCCUGCAGCCAUGAUACUGGCGAAUUCGGCUCUGGUAGUGACAAGGCAAUUAGAAAUGCUAAACGUAUUCUUGGGGUUUGAACAAGCAAAUAAAUAUGCCAUUCUUGAUCCAAGCGGUCAUAAUGUUGGAUACAUAGCAGAGCAACAAACCUCAUUCACGUCUUUACUUCUCAGACAAGCAUUUAGAACGCAUCGCAGCUUUACAGCCGUUGUAAUGGAUGUAAACGGAAAUGUGACCUUGAAGCUGUGGCGACCGUUUGCAUGGAUAAACUCGCGUUUAUUUGUCAGUACGGCGGAAGAUGAACCAAUAGGAGAGGUUCAACAGCAGUGGCAUUUCUGGCGAAGACGCUACAAUCUAUUUGUCAAACAACGACAAUUUGCCAAGAUAGAUGGCGGCUUUUGGACUUGGAACUUUACGUUAGAAAAUGAGCGAGGCGGAGUGUUGGGAAAGGUUGAUCGAAACUUUAGAGGAUUUGGCCGAGAGAUCUUCACAGAUACGGGACAAUAUGUUAUUAGGAUGGAUGCAACUGAAGGACAAGUCAGGGAGAUGACACUCGAUGAGAGGGCGGUAACAUUGGCUGCUGCUGUUUCUAUCGACUUUGACUACUUCUCUCGACAUUCGUCGCAUGGGGCAAUAUUCCCAAUGGAGUUCUUUAGUCAAGAGGAUGAACUUCAAGAGGAUUCUGCGGAAACUGAAAAUCGGCAUGAAGAUCAAGUCGAGGAACUAGAUGAAUCUAACGAGACUAAUAGCUGGUUUGGGACAUGGGAUGAUGGCGGUGACGAUUAA